AUGGCUCCUUAUGAGGCUCUUUAUGGGAGGCGUUGCAGAUCUCCAAUUAGGUGGUUUGAACCCACCAAAGUAGAAUUAUUGGGUCCUGAUUCAGUUCAUAAGGUGAUUGAAAAGGUAAAUCUUAUUAUGCAACGACUGAAGACCGCUCAGAGUAGACAAAAGUCUUAUAAGGACAUGAGGCGUAGGGAAUUGAAAUUUGCUGUUGGUGACAAGGUUUUCCUGAAAGUGUCACCUAUGAAGGGGGUAAUGCAUUUUGGCAGAAAGGGCAAGCUUAGUCCUCGCUAUAUUGGUCCUUGUGAGAUCAUUAGAAGAGUUGAGAAGGUAGCUUAUGAGUUGAGAAUACCGGCUAAGAUGUCCAUGGUUUAUCCUGUGGUUCACAUUUUGAUGUUAAGAUUGUAUAAACCUGAUCCUUCCCAUGUGUUGAACUAUGAAGAAUUUGAGAUUGAUGAAUCUUUGUCUUAUGAAGAAAAACCAGUUCAGAUUUUGGAUCGCCAAGUUAGAAGGUUGAGAACAAAGGAUGUUGCGUUGGUUAAAGUGUUAUGGCAAAAUCAUAAUACUGAGGAAGCUACUCGGGAAACGGAAGGGGACAUGAAGAAGAGAUAUCCUCACUUGUUCCCUAUUUCAGGUAUGAGUUAA